CCACUCUCGAUUUGUUUCCGAAUAUACUAAUAUAUUCUGUGCUACAUCCGGCAGUCACUCAAUUGGACUCGAGUUAUAGGCAUGUUGAAGGAGUCCAAAGCAGCCUAUGUUCUGAUAUAUAUCACGAAUCUGCGCCAUGCUCCGUCGAAGCCACAAAAAAUCCAGGAGGGGCUGUUUGGAAUGCAAGCGGCGCCACGUCAAGUGCGAUGAGGGGAGACCAGUAUGCGUUCUAUGCACCAUGUCAGGUCGGACUUGCCGCUACGCAUGUGAAAGUCCCCAGGACAACCCAUCGACGCCGAAUACUCCCAAGUCAGGCCCAAAUUCGACCAGCUCUGUUCCUAGUAUUUCACCUCUGGCUAUCGCUUCAGUGUCAAAUCCCAGUUGGGCAACAUUCCCGAAUGCAGAGACCCAGCAGUCAAGUCCAGCCCUGGAUGAACCACUUAAUAUGAAUCAUAUGGAGCUUCUGAUACACACAACACUCGAUAAAGAUGUGUUUAGUCUCGGCUCUCACGACACUAAUUACCUCACCAAUGUCACCAACGGCCUUAGGAUAAGUCUGGAGUCAUCGUACCUUCUGCACCAAGUACUCGCGUUUUCCGCUCGACACCUAGCAUUCCUUCAUCCUGAGCGUGCCGACAUCUACCUUUAUCAGGCUGUCUCGCUUCAAACUCGCGCAGUCUCACUAUUCAAUGCUUCUUGGAACGGCAUUGACGAGUCAAAUUGCGUGGCUAUGCUUCUUUUCUCGUCAAUUCUUGGCCAUCACAUCCUCGCUGACACGCUAGCUAAGCGGGAUGCAGGAGGCUUGGAUGCAUUCAUGAUCCACUUUGUUCACUGUCUUGAUAUCCAAAAAGGGGUACAUACGAUUGCUCGCACGGCGUGGCCACUGCUGAUGGAGUCAGAGCUUGAAAAUAUCCUGUCGUGGAGUUCACAGUACACUAGUCGAAUUCCAAUAGGGAACCACUGCCAGCAAGUCAAAGAAUUGAUAAACAAGGCGGAGGGGCUCACAGAAGAAGAAAAUGAGGCUUGUCAUGAAGCCAUAAGAUAUUUGCAAGUCGGGUUCGAUGCAGUUCAUGCGGAAAAGGAGGAAGAAUACGGCAAUCGCUUUCACAUGAUACCUUCGUGGAUAUUGCUGGUCCCGCCCGCACUCAGAGGGCUGUUUGUAGCUAAACGACGGGAAGCAUUGGUUCUGCUAGCAUAUUAUGCAUUGCUGUUACAUCAUGGAAGAUACUUGUGGCAGAUUGGUGAUGCUGGGCUAUUCAUCUUGUGUAUUGUUGAAGAUUAUCUUGGUACGGAAUGGGCUCAUUGGCUCAAAUACCUACGAGAAGAAGUAAACAAAACUCUGCUUGUAUGA